AUGGAUCCUCUUAGCAUCACAGCAAGCACUCUUACUGUCAUCCAGUCGUUGCUGGCUACGUUCGAUACUAUCAAACACAUCAAGGGUUUACCCGCAGCCUUCAAGGAGGUGGGGAAAAGCCUCCCACUCGUCGAGAACACACUGCGACUCGCCCAUGAAGCCCUGAGAGCCGAGAAGCCAGACGCCGCGGCUGAGAAGGAACUUAUACCUGCACUGGGUGAUUGCCAAAAGAGGGCUUCCACUUUACGCGACAUCUUCAAAGACAUUGAGGGCCGCAAGAACCAGGAAAAGGAGGCCAAAGAGUGGUCCGCUCUUGUCAAGUUCUAUCACAACAAAGUCGUACCAUUGGGCAAAGCUCACAAAGUCGAAAGCCUGAUGCAAGAUAUACUCAAGAAGCUUAAGGUACUCGCUAUCCGUCAGAUAUUCAAGGCAAGUUCGGAGUUGCAAAAGCAAGUCGGAGGCCUAGAGGACGCAAUUCGGUCUUUGUCAGAAGUGGACCCGUCCCUCCCAGACUCAGAGUUUGAUGCCGCUUCUAACAACAUCUCAAUGAACAACUACAACAAAGCAAAAGGCUUGGUUUCGACAGGCAGCAAUGCGGACAUUGCGAUGGGAGACAAAUACCAAUCAGGCCACAACAUGUACUUUGGUAGGAGAUCAAGAGACAGCGAUUCUGACUGA